GCGCCUGCGCUGAGUUUCCCGCAUGCUCAGAAGCCGAGGUGGGUUCGUCCAACACCCCGCUACGGUCUAAGCGACCCGCUGACCGGGAGGAAGCUCGGUAGUGGGCGCAGCGACGGGCCUGUUGCUUAAUAACGCGUUUUCUCGUACCCCUGAAGUAUCUUUCGCCUGACCUCGUUCCGGGUUUGUCACGGGUUUAUCAUGGCUUCCAGUCACACUGUGUUGAUGAGGUUGGUAGCCUCAGCAUAUUCUGUUGCUCAAAAGGCAGGAAUGAUAGUCAGACGUGUUAUUGCUGAAGGAGAUCUGGAUAUCGUGGAGAAGACCUGUGCAACAGAUCUGCAGACCAAAGCUGACCGAUUGGCACAAAUGAGCAUAUGCUCUUCACUGGCACGGAAAUUCCCCAAACUGACAAUUAUAGGAGAAGAGGAUCUGCCUUCUGAAGAAGUGGAUCAAGAGCUGAUUGAAGAUGGUCAGUGGGAAGAAAUACUGAAGCAACCAUGCCCAUCACAGUACAGAACUAUCAAAGAGGAAGAUCUUGUGGUCUGGGUUGAUCCUCUGGAUGGUACCAAAGAAUAUACUGAAGGUCUUCUUGACAAUGUAACAGUUCUUAUUGGAAUUGCUUAUGAAGGAAAAGCCAUAGCAGGAGUUAUUAACCAGCCAUAUUAUAACUACCAGAACAAUGAAAAGCAGAACUUAAGGGAACACAGGAAUGAAGCAAAGGCAGGACCAGAUGCUGUGUUGGGGAGGACAAUCUGGGGAGUUUUAGGUUUAGGUGCCUUUGGAUUUCAGCUGAAAGAAGUGCCGGCUGGGAAGCACAUUAUCACAACUACGCGAUCCCACAGCAACAAGCUGGUCACUGACUGUGUUACUGCUAUGAACCCCGACGACGUGCUGCGCGUGGGCGGAGCAGGAAACAAGAUUAUCCAGCUGAUUGAAGGGAAAGCCUCUGCUUAUGUAUUUGCAAGUCCUGGAUGUAAGAAGUGGGAUACUUGUGCUCCAGAAGUUAUUUUACAUGCUGUGGGAGGCAAGCUGACCGAUAUCCAUGGAAAUGCUCUUCAGUAUAACAAGGAAGUGAAGCAUAUGAACUCUGCAGGAGUCCUGGCCACACUGAGGAAUUAUGACUACUAUGCAAGUCGAGUUCCAGAAUCUGUUAAAAGUGCACUUGUUCCUUAAAGGACAUCUCAUUAACUUAGCUAGGAUAAAACUUAGUUCUUGGAAAAAUACAUUUUAAAACUAACUGGAUGGAAUUAGAGCCUUACCUUUACUUUAUGCAUUGUUGCUCUGUGAUUUAUACUCAGUUACUUAGGAGGAGAAAAAUUAAAGAAUUUCUUGAUUAACUAAUCAACCAGACCAAUUUUGACAUCUGGAGAAUUUAUGAAGUCAGUAUGUUACUUUUUUUUUUCUCCUUUUAUUUAGGGAAAUUAAUGGAAGAUUUAGUUCCAACCAACUAUUCUGGCCAAUAAUUUAGUCAACAUUCCUGUUAUAUAAACCAGAUUUCUUUAGGGCACAGAAAUAUAAGUUACCUGAAUCUCAUUCUUGUUUUUCAUGAUAAUUUUUAAAGUUUUCCUACUCCAAUUAUGAAUAAGCUAAAAUGUUAAUGUGUAUGUUGAUAAAAUGAAUUUAUGGGAAAAGUUUCUUUAUAAUAAACUAAUCCUAGCUCUUAAUGUUAUUCACCAGGUAUUUUGUAUUUUCAAGUAUUUAAAAAUUAUAUAUCCUCUACUGUGGGCAUUACUUUAUUCUUAUAGCAUUAUUAUAAUGCUUAACUGUAGAAAGUUAGUUAAUUGCCUUUAUUCCUUUCCAAGGAGAGAUUAUAACAGAUGCUAUCAUUCAGACAUUCAGACUGGAUUUUUAUUUGUUGGGUCUCUGUUCAGUGCUUUCAAAUAAAUUUCUCUGUUAUUGGAUUAA